AUGGCGCCUACCGCGAGUUCCUUGAGCUCACCCUCGCAGCCACAGUCGCAUUCGCAAUCUCAAACUCCCCGCCGAGCGUUCCUAGAGGUCAACCUCGAUUCCAACGCCGACCAUAUUUACCAGCGGGUCGAGGACCAUAACCACGAUCCAGGAGAAGUCCGGGAGAGGGAAAGAGUACGUGUGAGGGAGCACUCCGGGCCUUCGUCUGGGAGUACGCGUCUGAGGAUCUUGUCAAGGCCGUUUGAGAAGGAGGUUGUUAGGAGUUUUGAGCGGGUUGUUGACGGGAGGGGAGAAGAAGACUUGAUUACCCGACGACGAUCAUCGUACAAAUUCACAAUGGCACAGCAGCAGCUUGCCCCCCUCCGCAUUGCCGUCGGCUGCGAUGACGCCGGCGUCUCGUACAAGGAAGCCAUUAAGAAGGACUUCUCCGCCCACCCCCUUGUCUCCGACAUCAUCGACGUCGGCGUCCCUUCCUCCAGCGACAAAACCGCCUACCCGCACGUCGCCGUCGCGGCAGCCCAACUCGUUGCUGAGGGAAAAGUCGACCGCGCCUUGUUAAUCUGCGGCACCGGUCUGGGCGUCGCCAUCGCGGCGAACAAGGUCCCUGGUAUCCGGGCUGUGACCGCUCACGACAGUUUCAGCGUCGAGAGGGCGAUUCUGAGUAAUGAUGCGCAGGUGCUGUGUAUGGGGGAGAGGGUGGUGGGCUUGGAGUUGGCGAGGCGGUUGGCGAAGGAGUGGCUUGGCUAUCGCUUUGAUAGGGCGAGUGCGAGUGCGAAGAAGGUGGAGGCGAUCAUGGAGCAUGAGAGGAAAAAUUAUGCCGAGUUGAAGAAGGAUCAGCCGCAGAGUGGGGGUUGUUCAUAAUGGAAGAAAGGGUGUGAGAACUGUGAGAUGUCUCAGAGGUUGUGCAACCAGUUCGAAGCCAAAGGGAAAAGAUCGGGAUAUUGAAGCGUACGAAGCCCUGCAGUUUGGCGUUGUGGUUAGGAAUUCUAUGAUACAUUUCUUUGUCUGCACAGAAGAUCAUGUAUCCGGUAUGACAAUAAUAUGGCGUGAUAUGUAUUAAUGCCAGCUCCAGAUCCGUGUACCGUGCAAGCCCACCUUCUUGAAGAGAUGUGCAGUGAUAUCUC